UGGCACCAAAGUGUGGAGGAAAAACUUCUUUUUUUUUUUUUUCUGUCUGUCUGUCGAAGUACAUAUGUAAAAGUAAGUAGGAAGCGAAAAUGUAGAGGUGAUCAUUUCUCGUCAGGUUUGACAGUGACACAGCUGGGGUUGUUCCCGCUGGAGUGGAAAGCACCACAAACACACAUCACUGAUGCUGGUAUUUAAGGCAUUCUGCAGCACCAUACGGAGUUUAAAAAAACACUCACUACACUUAAAAGUAAACUUGUUUUCUGUCUCUAGCUGUGGACUCUGAGGUGAUAUACGCAUGUGUAAUUGCGGUGGACAAAGUUGCUCAGCACUUCCAGUUUUUGCUAACUUUUUCGUAAUUGUUGAGAUGGUGGAGAGACGAAGAUUUUCAGUUAAAGUGGUGUCAGAAAGACAGGAAUCAGAGGGGGAUCAGAAUUUAAUUAACGAUUUUUUUUUAUUAAUUAAUGAUUAAUCGAUGCAAAGAGUGAAAGGAUAUGAAUCCCAAGACAAACAGUUUCUGCCUUUAUUUUGUCUAUGCAGCUCAAAGGCAUCACCAUCCUGGUCAUAAAUAAAGCUCCCAUUUAUCUCAUCAUCUUUUUUAAUUCCUAAGAGAGAUGGCGAAAAAGAGCUCAAUGCUUUUCUGUUUUCCACUAGGAAAAAAAUGGAUGUAGAUGUGUUUGAGAAGUCUUUAACAGUUUAUAAACUCAAAAAAGCUCAAGAGCUCUGAGAGGAUCAAUCAAUUAUAUUGAUUUUUAUGUGGAUUAUGAAUCAAGAGAGACAAAAGUGUACCCUGCCUGUCUGCAAAUGCCAUACACUCACAAAAAGUAAUUGUGACACCCUCGGGGGGAAGACACGACAAAUUAAAAGAAUCAAAUAGCGGUAAAGAGUUGUCAAUUGAGGUUAAAAAGAAUUCCAAUCAGAUACAGAUGUAUAUAAUGGCAGAUAGUGUGUUUACAUUUGUGGAGGUUUCCCGGGGUGGGAUCUUUUGUAGAUAACUUUUUUGCAGGACUCCCGCUACAAAAACGUGUGACAAUGUGUUGCCAGAUUAUGUCUCUGAUUAACAGCAAUCUCUUUAGUUCCUGUAUGCAUACACAGGAAACACAUUGUGCAUGAAAGUUGGCUAAGGUUAGUUAUGCAGAGAAUGGACAGAAAAACAGAAAUGGUGUACAAUGCAAUACAGUAACCCUGCAAUACAUGCAAACUUUGUUCUGUCCUCUGUGGACCUGCUUUUAGGUGAUUCCACUAUCUCUGAUAUAGUUGACACAUACUGCUAAUUGAUAUUCAUCUAACUUAAUAUGACUCAUUUGUACAGCUGCCAUAGUUGCUGCCUGAAUUGCCACGGCAUCAGUCACAAACACUGCAAAAUUAUACACCGUGGCAGGGGCAAGGUCUCCAAAACCGUGAUGACUCAUUCCAGAACAACAUUUGGAUCAAGUAAAUACUUACAAACACUGACUGAAAGACACUUUGGACUGUAAGUGUCCAUGUCAGUGAUUGUUGUGGCUUCUUAAUUCAACCCAGUCAAAAGCCUCAUGAAAAGGAAUUUCUACCACAGUAGGUCCCUCAGCUGCCACAUGAUGGCAGCGUUCAGUAUCCUGCAAGGUCAACUACACAAACAGAUGCACACAGGCAUUCAUGAACAUGCUUGAGAAUUAUUCACAACACAGACAGAUCAGUGUGUAAUUAAUUAGUGCAAAAGUGCAGCUUUCAGCAGGCUAGCCACAGAAAUACAUAAAAUUAUGCAGUCAAAUAUGUGUCAGUCACCUUGGAACACCAUUGAAAUACAAAGCCUGAUAGUCUUUACAGACCUCUGAGGGGGCGCUGAGGCAAGAGGAGGAUGAUAAUAAGAAAUGCUGUUAAUGCUGGUGGCCCAUACCAUGAUGGUGAAUCACUUUUUCUGUAAAUGGAUGAGUAAUGCUGUGGCGUCAUCACCAGAAGCUGCCUUUCUGAAUAGGUACUUUCUAAAACUGACUGUCACAGUGAGUUUUUGUCAAACUUGUGUACGCAAACCUAAAACAAACCCUCAAGGCACCAUACUCUUCUUAACAUGUCCCGUGGACAACAGUAUGUAGUUUACUUUUGCACUUUUGUCAUGACAGAAAGGUGAGUUCUUCCGUGGCCCUUCCAGUGUGGGCGAGCAUUUCUCCUUGUGCUCAUGGGAAUACAAAACUUGAAAUAUGAGCUUUAGCCCCUGUAAUGUCCAGUUAGCCCGCACGUGACCAUGAAGAGUGUUGAUCUUUAACUUUUAAAUAGGAAAAAAGUCUUAAAGCAGAGAGACCUGGCCUUGGGCAGGCCGUACUGAUCCCACAGGCCCGCUGCUCUUCUAUCGCUGCAACAAAACUAUCUCACCUCGAGGUCCGUUUAGUAGCUGUUCUGGAGCCUUCGAUCAUAUCACGUGAUCUUCAGCAGAUGGAGUUUGCCCAGUUGAAAUGUAGACAUGUUUCCUGAGCACUUUGAGGGCAAUCUCACCUCUUGUGUAGACUUCUGUUCCCAAAGGUCAAGAUGACCUUAGAAGCUUAACGUUUACGUCGACACAAUGGAGAAGUCUACAUGUCACACCAGACUGGGCUCAAUGAAAAAACAAGUCCCACCAAAAAUGACCGCAAGUUAUCAUACCUGUACCUUCAUGUUUUUUUUGUAUAAUUAAUUUCUACACCUGCUUUGGAAAGAUUUUUUAAUGAACACUAAGUAGCCUACCACAAUGCUUUUAUUGUGAAACGUGCCAAGGAGGCCGCUGUAAAGUGGGAGGAUCAGUGCAAGGCAGUUGGAUCCAUGAGGAUAGAGACAUCGCCUGCAGCAGUCUGCUGUCACUUUCUCUGUUUUUUGUAUUAGUUUGGUAGUAUCGGUUGACAGCCAUGCCGAAACCCACUGAGCAGCGCUCAUACCUGGUUCUGGAGAACUACAUCGGAGGGAAGUUCGUCCCUUGUCGGAGUCACAUCGACUCCUACGACCCGUCCACCGGAGAGGUGUACUGCAAAGUGCCUGACAGCGGCGAGGAGGAGGUGGAGGCCGCGGUGGCAGCAGCGACAGAAGCCUUCCCCGGCUGGUCUGCCCGCAGCCCCGAGCAGCGAGCACAGGUCCUCAACAAGCUGGCCGACCUGUUGGAAGCUCACCUGGAGGAGUUUGCCCAAGCCGAGUCCAGAGACCAAGGUAAAACAGUAACAUUUGCCCGGACUGUGGACAUUCCCCGAUCGGCGUACAACUUCCGCUUCUUUGCGUCAUCGGUGCUCCACCACACCACCGACUGCAGCCAGAUGGACCACAUGGGCUGCCUGAACUACACUAUCCGCUGCCCUGUGGGAGUGGCUGGUCUGAUCAGCCCCUGGAAUCUCCCCCUGUACCUGCUGACCUGGAAGAUUGCACCCGCAAUCGCCACGGGCAACACAGUGGUGGCAAAGCCCAGUGAGAUGACCUCCGUGACUGCCUGGAUGAUGUGCAAGUUGAUGCAGCAGGCUGGUGUUCCUCCAGGAGUAGUCAACAUCGUAUUUGGCACUGGCCCGAGAGCAGGCGACGCCCUUGUUGGCCAUCCUGACGUCCCAUUGGUCUCCUUCACUGGCUCCACGGCAACUGCCCAGCACAUCACAGAGCGGAGCGCCCCCUACUGUAAGAAGCUCUCACUGGAGCUGGGAGGUAAAAACCCUGCCAUUAUUUUUGCUGAUGCAGACCUGGACGAAUGCAUCAAGACCACGGUUCGCUCCAGCUUCUCCAAUCAGGGAGAAAUCUGCUUGUGCACCAGUAGGAUUUAUGUAGAGAGGAGUAUUUACUCCGAGUUCCUGGAAAGGUUUGUGGCUGCAGCUAAGAAGUGGAAGACAGGUGUGCCCUCUGACCCCAGCAAUAACAACGGAGCGCUCAUCAGCAAAGAGCACCUGGAGAAGGUUCGAAGCUUUGUAGCACUCGCCAAAUCUGAAGGCGGUAUCGUCCACUGUGGUGAGGGGGUUGACCAGCUGGACCUCCCUGAGCGCAACGCCAACGGCUACUUUAUGCCGGCCACUGUCAUCUCAGGCAUAUCUGACAGCUCCUGCGUCAUGCAGGAGGAGAUCUUCGGCCCCGUCACCUGCGUCCGCCCCUUUGACACCGAGGAUGAGGCAGUUUCCAAGGGCAACGGCGUGCGUUACGGUCUGGCGGCCACCGUGUGGUCCCAGGAUGUGGGGAAGGUUCACCGGGUGGCCAAGCGGUUACAGGCAGGUCUGGUUUGGACCAACUGCUGGCUGGUGAGAGAUCUGAACCUGCCGUUUGGAGGGAUGAAGAACUCUGGUGUGGGGAGGAGAGGAGGGCAGGAUUCCUACCACUUCUUCACCGAGGUGAAGAGUAUCACGAUCAAACACUAAGGGAGGAAAGAAAAAAGGCAGCGGUGGCAAGUCUUGAUUAGAGGAACAUUUUCUGUUUCUGAGAAAGGUUUGUAGUUAGUCUUGACAUUCAUCAACCUCUGUCAGCAACUCUUAGGAAUUUCAACAACAAAUUUCUCCUCCUUGGAUUACUGGAGCCUAUAAUUAAGUCACAUUUGUAGAAUACAAAAGUCAGAGAAAGUCACAAUGGAACAAUACACAUGAAUAAACUAGCAGAGAUCCAAUAGAAAUGUCUAGUGAAGAGGAAAUAUAUCACAUAGCAAAACACUAUAAUAUUCAUACCCUUUUCAUUCUUUGCUGAAUAUUUUGUACCACCACUGUUGAGCAGUUGAAAAGCGUAGCGUGUUAGGGCAUAACAUUUGAAAAAGUACAGACAAAGUAAGGUAAAGGUAAAACCAGAUAAGGCAAAAAGCUUAUUUAUUGGCAAUUUCAAAGUCAAGAGUACAAUUUCUGAAUUUGGGAACAGCAACUUAAUCCAACAUCCUUCCUCCAACAAAAUUUACACUGGAGGUGCGUGUCCUGCAUGACACCUCAGGAAGUAACAUAAUCAUUAUGAAAAGAAGGCAUACAAACACUGAUAAUACUAAUAGAAAAGAGAACUGGUACAGUAUGUGCCUCAGGCUAACCAAACCCAAAAACCAAAUCAGUUCCUCAGAACAAAACUUUAUGGAUAUACUGGUAUUUUUUCAGUUGUUUUGUAACACAACUUUUGUCUCAAAUUAAAACAUCUUAUAUAAAUGCUA